AUGGGUCGUCUUCACUCCAAGGGAAAGGGUAUUGCCUCUUCGGCUCUCCCUUACUCUCGCACCCCCGCUCCCUGGGUUAAGAUCACUCCCGACCAGGUUGUCGACCACAUCUGCAAGCUCGCCAAAAAGGGUGCUUCUCCCUCUCAGAUCGGUGUUGUCCUCCGUGACAGCCACGGUGUUGCCCAGGUCAAGACUGUCACUGGUAACAAGAUCCUCCGUAUUCUGAAGUCCAGCGGCCUUGCCCCCGAGAUCCCUGAGGACCUGUACCACCUGAUCAAGAAGGCUGUCGCCGUUCGCAAGCACCUUGAGCGCAACCGCAAGGACCGAGACAGCAAGUUCCGCCUCAUUCUCAUCGAGUCCCGUAUCCACCGUCUGUCCCGCUACUACAAGACCGUUGGUGUCCUUCCCCCCACCUGGAAGUACGAGAGCGCUACUGCCAGCACUCUCGUCGCUUAA